AUGUCUAUCGCUCGACAACUUUUACAUGAGGUCCGCCCUUUCUUCCGAAUGCUGGAGGAGCCCUUUGGCAGGUCCGCUGUAGCACCCACGUACCGACAGCGCUCCCUUUUUGACGACCCCCUCCUCCCUUCUCUUGCUGCCAUACGUCCCCCAGUUGAUGUAACAGAUGAAGGAGACAAAUACAUCAUAGAAGCUGACCUUCCUGGUGUUAAAAAAGAGAAUGUUGAUAUCAGGAUAGGUGACGCGGGCCGUAGCAUCACCAUCGAAGGCAAAACCUCCUCUCGUCAAACCAAUGGCGAAUUGAACACUGGCACGGAAGCGACCGGUGAGAAUGCAGCUGAGGGUUCCAAAGCUGUGGAAAAGACCGAGCCAGGCACACAACUUGCUAUGGAGCGCCAGGGCAGCCUCAGCGCGUCCUUCAUCCGCACCGUCUGGCUGCCUCGUCCCAUUGACAGCUCCAAAGCGUCUGCCAAGCUCCAGGAUGGCAUCCUCACCAUGACUAUUCCAAAGGCUGAGGAUCAGGAGAGUAUCAAGGUUCCCCUUGAGUAA